AUGUUUGUCAGCGGCUUGGUAUCGGUGUUUCUCUUCCUUCAUGCAACAGGUAUAGACUGCGCCUUCACAGUCACAACCAGCAAUGCAGAUGUGAGGGCUAAAGAGAAUGAAGGUGCUGAUCUUUACUGCACUCACUCUGCUGACUUUGGUGCAAAUGCCAGAGUUGAGUGGAAGUUUAAGGACAUGAAGGGUUCUACAACUCAUGUCAUUUUUGAUGGGAAACCUACCACACCAUAUGCCGACCGUGUCACUAAGUUUGAUGGGAUGCUGAGGUUCAGUAAGGUGACGCGGAAAGAUAAUGGGGAGUAUUACUGCGCGGUGUCUGGUAGUCAGAAGUUUGGGGAGGUCAAAGUGAAGCUCACCGUUUUAGUGCCUCCAUCCAUGCCUAUGUGUAGGGUCCCAACCUCUGUGACAACGGCGCGUAGCGCGCUGCUUUCCUGCCAUGAUGCCCAGGGGUCACCUCCCCCUACCUACAAGUGGUACAAAGACAAUAACCCUCUCCCUGAGGACCCCAGCAAGUUCGCUGCCUUCAGGAACUACACCUACAAGAUCAACACUGUCAAUGGCAACCUGGAGUUUCCUUUGGCUUCUAAGAUGGAUACAGGAGACUACAGCUGUGAGGCUGUGAAUGAUGCCGGCCCUGCGAAACGCUGUGAAGCUGUCAGAAUGGAAGUCCAUGACAUCAACACUGGAGGUAUUGUUGCCGGGGUGAUCGUGGCUCUCCUAGCCCUGGCCCUGCUAGGCUUUGGACUGUGGUACGCCCGCCGCAAAGGAUACCUGCCUAAAAAGAGUGCAAGCCAACCCAAACCCUCAGUGGUCUACCAGCCAACAUCGGAGUAUGGCGAUGAAGAGGAUGGGGAAUUCAAACAGAAGUCUUCUUUCGUGGUAUAG